GCCAUACGCGACUUUUUCCGGGCCGAAUACGAUCGAGCAGAUGACUUCGCAGAGCCAAACCCCAAUGCAGCCGUAUGCAUAAGUGUGGAAGAGGAGUCGUUUGCUGUGUUCUUGCACAGGGUGCUGCAGAGGGGAGUCGAGGUCACAGAACAGGCCCGGGAUCUCCUGGCUAGCCGCCCUCAGUAUGCCUACAGCGCAGGGUCGCUGCGCUAUGGGAUGUGUAGGAAGACCAUGAGCGAGGAUGCCAAGGCCUCGGCGGCGAUGGAGGAGCUUCAGAUGGUGCUGGGAGCGGGGGGAAUGCAGGCGAUGGCGCUGGACGGUCAGCCAUCAGCUCCGUCGGGAACGGGGGAUCAGAAUCAGGAGUCGAAGGACUCUUGGUCGGAUCGCGACCGAAAGUGGCGCCGCAUGGAAUCCGGCAAGGGACCCUCACGCGAUGGUUGGGCGGGGUGGGGAAACAAGCGGCAAUGGCAGAAGGAUGCCGAGGACAAGGAGGAGGCGGUGCUCGACAAGGCGACUCAGGAAGUCAUCAAGUCGCUGGUGCAGCUAUCCUUGCGGCACGAAGCCGAACUGGGCCGCCUUCGGUCGGAUUGCGGGUUCAUGCUGUUCCUGGACACCCCUCAGACCAAUCCGGCAGCGGGCAUCAUGCCAGGGGUGAAGGCGGUGGCGGUGGAGUGGUCCCAACAGUUUGCAGCGGGGACCGUGAAGAGCCCACUGCGACACCUGCUGAUGCUGGCGAUCAUCAAAGAACUGCAGACACGAUUGACUGCCUUCCUUCAGGACGAGGACCGGUGCGGUCGGGCGAUCUCUGCAGGGUGGAUGGCCGAGGGCCACAAUGCGACGGACUCAGUAUGGAAUUACUGGGGCUGGAAUCCCAAGGAGAAAAGGCAGGAAAAGACAGAUCAGCAGCCAAUGCAGACGACUGCAGUGCAAGCCCAGCUCCAGCUGUUGGAGGCCAAUAUUGCCAAGGAAGGAGUCCUGCUGAACUUCCGCAGCACGAAGGACCUGGAGAAGGAGCUAGACCUCGAGGUGGUCCCCUUCAUGAUCACCGUGGGUCUGCGAGCGCCGGAGUCCCAUGCCACUCACCGGGCACUCCAGCUCCUCUGCGGGAGUGCAGUAUGCAAGCUCAUUGGGGCCAGGAUCAGGCCGGAGAGACUUGCGAGGCAGCCGGUGGCAAAACAGCUGGAGGAGAACUACCUGUCCACGCCGUAUUGCCAAUGGCUCUGUACUGGAUGGGUGCGAUGUCCAGUCACCCAGCCGGUGCCUAUGGAGCCCGACAUGGCUCAGCUUCUGCCUUAUCCGCCUGAUGUGUACACAGAUGCCUUGGAGGAAGCAUUGCUGCUCCAUGUAGCCACUGGCCUGCUCCGAGAGCAGGGUCACGGAACGCUUCCUCCGGCUAUGGGCUUGGCGGUGCGCAAUGAUAUCAUUAGUUGGGCGGGGCAAGCGCUGGAGCCGGAAGGCCACGAGGCUUUCAUGCGAUAUGCGCAAUCACUAAACCGUCACCUGCGGCGCUAUCUGACCACUUACAUGCCAGAGCCAAUUGGGGAGCCUGGGCCACAGAGUCCCGAAGCGGAGACAUUGGCGUGGCACUUUUUGUCGGAUGGCAGUGCCGCACUAUGGGGCGCGGUAAGGCAAGCCGUUGCUGUCCUGGAUUGGCAAGCUGGCCGACAUGCCUUCAGUGGCGAGCGCAAAGCCAAUGUUACCAUGGGGGCGUAUAGCAAAGGCCCGCAUUGUGGCAUAUGCAGCGGCACGCGAGCUCAUCAGUCCUUCUGCAGACUGGUAAAUAGAUUCAUCAAUCAUCUUUGUCCUCAGCUUGUCUGGACCACUUUUGCUCUGAAUCUGGAUACUCGUAUGCCCCCGCAUCGUGAUCAGGGGAAUGCGCCAACAGGAAGUCUGCUCACCUGUCUCACUCACAAUGAGGGGGGUGAGCUAUGGCUGGAAGAUGGCCAAGGCCAAUGCUACAAUGAUACUGAGGUGCUCAUGGCCAAUCGGGCGGCAUCCGUGGCGAUGGAG